CCUACUGGGAUUUUGACUUUCCCCGUCCAUUACUUCCCAACUUCAAAUUUGUUGGAGGGAUUCACUGCAAACCUGCUAAACCAUUACCAAAGUAUUUCGAAAAGUUUGUCCAAAGCUCUGGAGAUGACGGCAUCGUGGUCUUUUCUUUGGGAUCUAUUGUCAAGAAUCUGACCACAGACAAGGCAUGAUCGCCUCUGCCCUCGCUCAAGUCCCACAAAAGGACGCAGUUGCCUGGAGCGCAUCAAAGAUCAGCGCUGUUCCUCCUCUCUGCUCAAGAAUCCCCGGUGCCCCAAGAGUUCAAACAGAUACACAGCCCUGGUAUCCGUUCGAGAGGAGAACUAUGGUGGAAAAACUUAAUGUCAAAGAGCUUGGACCAGAUCAGCCCGACGUAAAGAUAAGCCAGCAGGACAAGGAGAAGGGUAAACUGUACACACGAGGCUUCUCCCAAAAUUGGUACACCAGGAAGCAGUGGCUAGCUGGAUGCAAUCACGCUAAUGCGUUAUUUUGCUUUCUGUGUUUGUUAUUCAAAACGGCUGGGAUCCACAGAAGGUGGAUGUGGAACUUGUGUCUCAUUGGGGACUCCAUUCAUUCUCUGACUGAGGAAUGCAGCGCAUCAGUGCAGCAGCCAACAAAGAAACGGAGGACGUUUGGACAGGGAGAACAGCAGCUGGGUGCAGAGAUGCUGCCUGAGUCCUGGCAGGCAGCUCUGACUGCAGAACAGCAGGAGUGGAUCGGCCGGGUGCUGUUCACCAGGGACGAUGCUGGGAGGCCGCAUCUCAUCACGGAGCUCAGUCCCUGGUGGUACCCUCCCCAGCCCCGGGCGGUCUACAAUCAGCCUCCCGCCUCUCCCGACCCCUUCUUUGCAUGUCGGCUCUUCCUGUGGAUGCCUCACAGGAUGUGGCACCUGCAGCUGACGUGCCCCCAGCCUUUGUGCAGCGGCAUCCUGAUAAAGACUGGGCUCUACAGGACCAUCCGGAGGGUCCUGGACAUCGACGGCUGGUAUCUCAUGGCCACUGAGUACCUGGAGUGCCGUCGAUGUAAGAAGAAGGUCGGAGGGUGGUCACAGGGCAUCUUAAGGCAGCUGCCCCCCACCUACAGCUGCCAGUUCCCAGCUGUCCUCAUGUACAAGCUGUCCUGUGACCAGAGGGUGGUUGCUAUGCUGAGAUCUCGCACUCUGGGCAACAGUGCCACUCAGCUGUGCAACACCCUGCGGGAGCAGCAUUCCGACGCCUGGAUGCGGAGAGCGAUUCAGUACCUCGGCGUCUGCGAGCAGUUCCUGGCCUUGGGUACCACAAGGGGGCAGAUCGCACCACCUCCCCAGAUGCCCCCUGUGCCCUCACCCGUCUGGCUGCUGACCGUUUACGGUUACGACGUGCUGACGCGGCUGGACGAGUACAAGGCCAGGAUCACGUCCACCUUCGGAUCCAUCCUAAAGAUGGAUUCCACAAAGAAGGUGACGAAGAAGCUCGCAGGUGCCGCCUGGGCUACCAACGUGGGCAACGAGCACGGCCAGGUCCUCAUGAGCGUCCUCACUUGCUGCGAGGGCUCCGAGGGCCUGUCCAAGAUGGCGGCCGGACUGAUGAGGCGGUACCGAUUAGCCGAGGUACCUGCCCCCCAGCUCAUCUACGUGGACCGCGACUGCUGCAAACAGGACGGCGUGUCCAAGACGGCUGCCUUAUUUCCGGAGUGGGAACAGCUCAUUGUUCGGCUGGACAUCUGGCAUCUGAUGCACCGCUUCGCAUCAGGUGUCACCACAGAGAGCCACGAGCUGUAUCCCACCUUCAUGAGGCAGCUGUCUUACUGCAUCUUUGAGGUGGACGCCGAAGAUGCUCGCCGUCUCGUGGGAGCCAAGCGGUCCGAGCUGGAGGGGACGCACGGGAUGGUCAACCUGACGGACGCUGAUGUGAUCCAGCGGAUCAGCAAGGAGGAAUGGAGGCUCCACUGCCGCAGGAGGACGCGUGGAGCAGAGGAGUCGACGCUCCUCAUCCAAAACCUCCUUGACACCUUCAGAGGGCCCGCAGGACACAACACGCUGAACAUCCCGUUGCUAAACGCUCUCCGCAUCCAGGACAUCUGGGACACGCAGAGGCGCCACCUCAGCUGCAUCCAGGACCCCCCUGGCGUGCAGCUGUACACCCAGACGGGCAGUCUGCAAAAAGGAGGGGUCAGGCUGCCCAUCUAUCGCUGCGCGAGGGGCUCCACUGCCCUGGAGUCCUUCCAUCUCCACCUGAACCGCUUCAUCCCAGGAACGUCGGCCAGUGCCAAGUACUUCCAGGCGUUCCUGAUUGAUGGACUGGUCAGGUGGAACGAGGACCGCGCAGCGGCAGCUGAGGGACACGAGGCGCCUCUGCUGUCCUACAGUGGCCACCUCAGGCACACCCUGAACCAGAAGAGCCAAAGGGUGCUUGGUCAUCAGAUGGUUAAGGACUUCACCAAGCCUGCUGCUUACACAGGUGAGCUCAUCGGGGUGGAGUACCUGUUCCAGCAGACAGGCCGCGUGCUUGAGGACAUCAGCAUGGACCCUGACGCUCCGGACGAGGCUGCUGCCGUCACCGCCCUGGACGAGGGCAUACAGGAGGACGUGGGCGACUACGUCGCCGCCUUCGUCCUUGACGACCCGUCCACCAGCACUUCAGGAGCAGCCCGGUCAGGGGAUCCAGCUGUCGCACCCGGGUCUGAGCCAUCACAUCCUGCCGCCCCUGCGCAUCACGCCCCUCCCGAGGUCCCUGGAAGCCAGACUCCUGAAGAGAAACACUCCUCUGAUUCAGAGGAGGAGAUCCAGGGUCCUGACGGCCAGCCAGGAUACCAGCAUGUCCUGAAGCUGGCUCAGGCCCUGGUGGAGCUCAGGAGUCUCCAGGGACUGUCUGACAGCAGGGUAGACAGACUCAUCGCGCUUUGGCAACGCCUGCCAGAGCGAGACAAACAACGGAUCGUCUACCCUAGCAGAUACCGGGAGAGGCAACCAAAGGGGCGGUUCAAGGCAGCGAAGGGGAAGGACACCUCCUGUCCAGGGGUAGUGAGUCUCCAGCGCUGCCUUGGAGGAGAACCCUCGGGCGCUGCAAAUUGGCCAGACGCCAGCCGUGUGGUGGAGGCCAUGUGCAGCCAGCUCUGCCAUCUGUACCCUGCGGCCAGUCGCGUGAACGGGGUCAGCAGGUCACGCUGGUUCCUAAUCUGCAACGACUACAUGGCCGUCAGACAGGUGGUGCUGAAUUGCCCGAGGCUGAUGGCUCAGACCCAGCUUCAGCUCUAUGAGCUGAACCAAAAGACCAUCUCUCAGUGGUUCAGCUAUAGACAGAAGAGGUGGGAGAAAGGUGUGCUGGAGCAGGGGACUGGUGCAGUUUCUGCCCCAACUUUCUCCCACCAGCCCAUCCCUUCUGCCAAAGGGCUGUCCUCCGUACAGGUGGGAAGAGGACAGCCCUUUAAUUACAACAUCCCUGAGGAGCAACAACCUGGUCCCUCCUCCAGGGGACUGCCGCCGCCACCGCUACCUCCACCUGCUCCUCAUCCCGGUCCCUCUACCAGCUGCAACCUCCCUCCUCCUUCUGCUCAGAGCCUGCACGUCAUUCAUCUAUUCCUGGGAUCCACUCCGCUGACUCCUCCUGUUCUGACUGUACCAAGGACGACAGCAUUUAGGAGGAGGAAGGCAGCGGAGGCUGCUGCUGCUGCUGGCGUGCAGGCUCCCCCAUCAAAGACAGCCCGCCAGCAGUUCACCUGCAGCAAAUGUGGUCAGCCCAAGCGGCUGGACACUGACCCGCAUUGCAGGUGUGUCCUACUGCGCAACUGUUGGCGGGAAGUCUGUAGAGGAGUGGAAGAAGGAGAUGAAGACCAAGACUGGAGGAGGGCCAGAAAAACAGUGACUUUUGGGGACAUUUGCUCAUUUUGGAACUUGUAA